CGACGAAGUGGACGGCGAGCAGCUUAUCGCGGACACGGACGCGUUGCUUCAGUCACUAAUUCGGAGUAAACAAACCACUAAAACCGAGUCCGAAAACAAGCGUGACAUGGCGAGGAUGAAGGCCGGUCAGCGAAGAGACGCGUAUCGCGCGCGACUCUUGGUGGAAAGAGCUACUUUACGGCAACAAGAUGCAGACCUAACUUAGGUCACCUAAGCCAGCACCUGAAAAGGUUGAAGCAACUUAAGACUCAAAAGGAGACGCAGAGUUCCCCAAACGAUUCGCUGGCCCUCGGAGCGUGGCGAGCUAUUGCCAUGCGACAAUACGAGAGUAGAAAGGAGUCAGAAGCGCUCAGAAAGAAAUCCCAAGCCGCAGUAAGCACUCGAGCUGUCAUGAUCCAAGACUUGGAGUCGGUAUUAAGAAAAAGAGCUCGAGAAGUCGAAAAAACGACAGUGGAGAUUCCUGAAAUUUUGGAAAAGAAAGCAAAAUUCGGGAAAAAGGACACCACCCUGUACAACGCCUACUUUGAGAACCUCAAUGCUUUAUAUGAACGACUAGACGACCCAACUAGGAAGAUGAACGGUAAUACCGAGUACUUUGAGACUAUCGGAGUGGGUAGAGUGCCCUUCGGUUUCCAGAGAACAUGUGACGCCGUAUGGGAGUUGCUAUCGGUGCCGCAUCGACAGGAAGGGAGACUUGUGUAUGAGGGCUUACCCGAUCCGGAGAACUCGUUGGCGUUACAAUUCUGCUGUCCGUAUCAAAGAGAGAAUGGUGAAAUGCUCAAGCUGCGCACGUAUCAAGUUGCACGACGUUAUGUUGAGACUAACCGGUUGGUUGUAGUGUGGAGAGGUCUGUGUGAAGCAGACAGCGAGUUUUCCGGGAUGAAUUCGGAUGAGACCGGAUGGUGCAUUGAUGACAAACUGGACCAAUUCGUGGAGCUGUUGGUGAAGACAGGAGCCGAAGACAACCGGGAAAUCGAACUCAUGAUGGAACGACUGAUUCUGGAUGACGCACUUGCAACGGACGGUCUGGAGAUCGAUGACGACGGCAACUUAACCUCACUUGAAGUGUGA